CGCGCCGCGCGGUGCCGGCAUGGCGGCGGCCGAGGAGAAGGAGGAGGAGGCGGCGUUGCCGCCACAGAAACGCUUCUACCGCCAGCGCGCGCACUCGAACCCGCUGGCCGACCACACCCUGUGCUACCCGUCCCGCCCUCAGGACAUGGACUGGGCCUCGCUGUUCCCGAGUUUUUUCCCGCCCGAAGCCCCUCCCGGGACCCCCCCGGCCCGCGUGGAGUUCGCAGAUGUUGGGUGCGGCUACGGGGGGCUGCUCGUGGCUCUCUCGGAGCUCUUUCCGCGCUCGCUGGCGCUGGGGUUGGAGCUGCGGGGCAAGGUGGCCGCGUUCACCCGCGCCAGGAUCCGGGCGCUGCAGGCGGCGCAGCCCGGCCGCUUCGGCAACGUGGCCUGCGUGAGGGGCAACGCCAUGAAACACCUGCCGCACUUCUUCCUGCGGGGCCAGCUCUCCAAGCUGUUUUUCCUGUUCCCUGACCCCCAUUUCAAGCGCACCAAGCACAAGUGGAGAAUCAUCAGCCCGGCCAUGCUGGCAGAGUACGGCUUCGUGCUGCGGCCCGGGGGCCUGGUGUACACGGUGACGGACGUGCCCGAGCUGCACCAGUGGAUGCUGCAGCAUUUUGGGGAGCACCCCCUGUUCGAGCCGCUGCCCCCCGGCCAACUGGCCGCGGACCCGCUGCUGCCGCUGCUGCCGGCGGUGACCGAGGAGGGGCAGCGGGCGCGGCGGGCGGGGCGCCCCCCCAGCACCGCCGUGUUCCGCCGCCGCCCCGACCCCCCCGUUUUGUAAUAAAGCCACCAAAU